AUGCAUGUAGGACCCGUAUCUGACCUGCUGGUCAGGCGAGCGUACAUCACCGCGUAUGACCGCCGUUUGCGCCAUCCUGCCUGGACAGCAGAGCACUUGACCCUCGCGUCCCUUGGGAAAUCUCCCUUGCAGCCCAAAAUAGAGGGAGAAGGCGGCGACCGCACAAACUCCCAGUUCAAGGAAGAUGAGUCAAUACCUAGCAUAUUCCGAGCCAAGCUCCAGGACUACUUCCGUAGCGGGUAUGACCGUGGACACAUGGUCCCUGCUGCAGAUGCAAAGGUAUCGCAGUCAGCCAUGGAUGAAACUUUCCUGCUCACCAACAUUGCGCCUCAAGUGGGCGACGGCUUCAAUCGUCACUACUGGGCCUAUCUCGAGGAAUGGUGUAGACGGUUGACAGGCAGCUUCGCCGACGUCUACGUGUUCACUAUUCCGCUGUACCUCCCGAAGCUCGACCAAGAUGGCAAAUACCGCAUCACCCACGAAGUCAUUGGCACUCCGCCCAACGUCUCGGUGCCGACCCACUUCGCGAAAGUCGUGCUCACCUCGAAGCCUUCCUCGCCGCGGACCCCAGACAUCCCGGAGAUCUCGACCGGCGCGUUCGUCCUCCCGAACGCGGUCAUCCCUGACGACGCGAAGCUAGAGAGCUUCGUCGUGCCCGUCGAGGCCGUGGAGCGGGCGGCGGGCCUGACGCUCUUCUCGGACGCGGUCAAGGCGAACUCGAAACACAUCUGCAGGUCGACCAAGUGCGAGGUGAUCGUGCGCAGGUUCGACGACGCGCAGAGGCAGUCGCGGAAGGCGAUUGCGGCGCCCAAGUAG